UUUGACAUUUGAAAGUUACAUACAUAUGUUACAUAAACUACACCCUCUACAUAAACUACAUGUAAUGUAGUUUAUGUAGUUUUUAAAAGUAACAUGUAGUUCUCCGAACCCUGGGCCAGAGUCCUAGUAGCUUCUCUUCUUCAAUAAAAAAUUAAAAAUAAUAAAAAGGAAUCAAGAAUGAAAGAAGAAAAUUAAAUUUCACUUUUUGGCAGAUGUUCUAACCUCAAUGAUUUUUUCGAGGUAUCAAAGGCUUUUUGUUAAAAUCUAUUUGAAUUUCGAUAUGUCGACCAAAAGUAAAGUUUUAAAACUAUAUAAAUCUCUUUUAAGGGAGUCGGAAAAGUUCGCGUCCUAUAAUUUUCGAUUAUAUGCAAUAGAUAGAGUGAAAUAUGGAUUUAGAGAAAAUAAGAACGUGAAUGAUACAGAAAUAUUACGUAAUAAAAUAGCUGAAGCUCAUAAAAAUUUAGAAAUUAUUAAAAGACAGACACUUAUCAGUCAGAUGUACAAGACGGAAAAAUUAGUGAUAGAAAACAUAGCUCAUAAGUAAUGAAUCAAGGACUGUUGUGAUUUGAAAAGUGAUACACUUUGUUAGUCAACAAAAUGAAGCACCUUAAUUCUUUGUUAAGCGAGAGACAUUUAUUAAAAGGGCAAGUCUCAAAAUUAUAUUACUUUUGCCCACAAAGUCCUUCAUUUUGUUCAAGUUUUUAAGGGACUUUUAUUGUUUUUAUUAUUAAAAUUAUACUGGUAUGUACAGAAUAAUAUAUACACCCUAUUUAGUUCUUUCAAUCCACUUGACAAGGUCUUUUCCUAAUAUGUAUAAAUCUUCAGUGAUUGCUUCAAUGUUUAAAACCAACUUGUCAUCUACAAGUUUCCUUCCAUUGACAUAAUUGACCUUUAAAAUAAAGAACCAAGUUUAUUAGUUUGAA